AUGGGGCUGCCGCAGCACGAUCUUCAAAACGAGGACCUGCAGCGCUUGGAGCUCGAGGGGGCUUGGCCUGAGCCCGGCGAGCACCUGUCUGUCCGCAGCGCGGCCGAAGAGGUGCUCUUCAACAAGGCGCUGGAGUCCAUGGAAACGCUCUACAGCGUCGGAGCCAUUCCUGUCAUAGUGCUCCCCGUGCUCUACGCCCGAAGGGUUUCACGUGAUUCCUCCGCGAAGCAGUCCUUGUCAACGGAUUCCUCAACAUCGUUGUCCAAACAUCUUAUGAGCAACGAGUAUCUGUCACGGGGCUGGUGUUUUUUGGAGCUCUGCCUGGCCUUCGCGUACGGUAACAUCGCCAACGCGGGGACCGAUCCAGCUGUCAGCGUAAGCUAA